AUGUCCUAUGCGCAGCAGCCUCCACAACACGGAUAUCCCCAACCGGCUUACGGUGGUGGAUACCCACAGGAAGGUUACCCCCCUCAACAGGGCUACGCACCGCAGGGCUAUCCUCCGCAGGGCUACCCCCCGCAGCAGCAGGGGUACUACCCUCCACAAGCACCCCAACAAACUGCACCACCACCACAAGAGCAGAAAUCUGAGAAGGGAUGUCUCAUGAGUUGUCUGGCCGUGAUGUGUUGUUGCUUCUUGUGCGAAGAGGGUUGUGAAUGUUGCGUUGAUUGCUGCGAGAUGUGCUGCUAA